AUGGCCGUUUGUUCCCAGAUCCGGCUGCGCGGCCUCUCUGGAAGCCCCCGCGCCGCUGCAACCACGGAGGCCUUCACUCGAGGAAGGCAGGCCGCCGGUCUGCGCGCGAUGGUGGCCGUGGCGCUGGCGCUCCUCCUGGCCCGGUCGGCUGGGCUCGCGGGGGCACAGGCGCCCGCGCCGCAGAGCGCGAUGCGUGCCUCGGCCAGGGCGGUGCCGGCCAGCGCAGCUGCUGCCGCGGUGCCGCUGGACAAGGCGGCGCCAGCCAGCGCCGCCGCUGCCGUGGCGCCCGCCCCGGGCCGCGCGGGGCCGGCAGCCUUGGCGGCGCCUGCCGCCCAGGGGCCGCCGCCGCCAGCCGCCGCCGCUCCACUCGCCGCCGCUGCGACGGGGCGGCUGGCGGCGGCGCCUGGCGCCGCGGGAGCCCCGCCUGCAGCCCCAGUCGGCACGCCGGCGCUGGCAUCCCGGCCACAAGCCGCGCCUCCAGCGCUGGCAGCAGCAGGUGGCGAUCAGGCCAGCGAGAGGAGCUGGCUGGCGGCGAACUACCCGCAGACGUACCACAUGUGGCAGCUUGUAACCGCCGCCUCGAUCGUGAAGGUCCUCUGCAUGGUGGGCAACAUCAUGACGCAGGUCAGCCCUUACCCUCAGGUCAAGCGCUGGGCGAAGUACGGUUGCACUGGGGAGGUCGACGCUGCGCCUUACGUGUCCAUCGCCUUCGGCGGGUGGCAGUGGUGCUUCUACGGCACGUUUGCGUGGCUUCUUACUGGCCGCAGCGGCUUCCUCGUCCUGGUCCACUCGAACAGCCUCGGUGCACUGCUCGGCACCUACUACACCAUGACCUUCUAUUGCAAUUGUCGAAACGAGCGUGCGCUCAACACUCUUCACGUGUACUUUCUCGCAAUUGCUGGUUUGGUGUUUUUGCAGGUCUGCGGGAUGGUCUCUCUGGCGCCGGUCCGCGCUCUAUUCUUGAGUGGCAUGGUUGCGUCGGUCUGCAGCUUCAUCGGUGCGCUGUCCAUGCUUGUCUCCGUCCCGUCAGUCAUCGCCGCGAAGGACAGCAGCCACAUCCCAGGCCCGCUCGUAAUCGCGAACUUCUGCUCUGCCAUCUUCUGGUGCAUCUGCGGCUGGAUGCUGGAGGAUCCGCUGAUCACUGGCCCAAACGUGGCCUCGUGCCUUUCCAGCGGGCUCUGCCUGUGGCUGAAGUACUGCAUGUUCCCUGCUGCAGAGGCCUGCGACGGGGACGGCGAGGAGAUGCCGCUGGCCUCGGCUGGCAAGGAGAAUCUCAUGGAGCCCAGCUGCGGGACUUUCGCAACCAAGGAGAUGAUGUCGUUCGGGGCCAAGGCCGCGGAGGCCGAGCUUGCCUGCGCUGGCCCGGCGGAUGCCUGGGCGCCCGGGGCGGCGCCCGGUGCGGAGGCGCUCCGCGCGGGCGGCACCGGCGGGACGAGCUGA